UUACCAGUGCAACGUGUUCAAUUUGUCAAAACAAGCCUAGUGUCGAUAAAGUGUGCAUCGUCAGACACGUUACCCGGACGAUAAAAUAUAUUGAAUAUUAUUCUGUGAUGAAAAGGUUUAUUGACUAUCUUGAACAAUGCCUCACCGAAUCUGGGUUCAGGGGAACUGUUGCUGCUGUUAUGUAUGGGACAUGUUCUGUCUCCAUGGCAUUUAUAAACAAAGCAUUGAUGACAUCAUUUGAAUUUGACUACCCAGUCUUCAUCAUGGUGAUGCAGAUGUUAUUUACUAUAACACUCUUGGAGGUUUUAUCCUGUGUGAAUCUCAUCGAUAUGCCACGAUAUACCCUACAACGUGGAAAGUCAUUUGCAUUACCUGCCUUCUUUUAUGGAGUGAAUUCAGUUUUAGGACUAAGUGCACUCAGUCACAUGAAUGUUGCCAUGUAUGGCGUUCUCAAAAGGUGUGUUCCUCUUGUGACUAUGUUUUUAUCCGUGGCUGUUUUGAGAAAACCUGUUCCAAGCAAAACAACAAUUUUAUCAGUUAUUCUGUUGACUAUGGGAUGUGUUAUAGCUGGUUACGGUGAUUUGAAGUUUAACUGGCUGGCCUAUACCUGUGGAGCCUUAAGUAACCUGUCACAGUCUCUGUAUCUUCUCCUUGUACAGAGGUAUUGUGAGAGAGACAUCAGCACGGUGGAAACUCUCCAACUCAACAGUGUCAACACUCUGCCAUUUCUAACCAUUUACAUGUGCCUUAAUGGGGAAAUAUUCAAGGUCACCAACUAUAGUACGGAAAAACCUUUGACCUUUUUCAUAGUUUUCGUUCUUGCUGUAAGCAUGGGCUGCCUUCUGAAUUACACCUUAUUCCUGUGUACCAGUUUGACAUCUGCAUUGACUACGAGUGUUGUGGGUGGACUUAAGGCUAUGGUGCAGACUUUAUUCGGGUUGUUUACAUUUGGAGGCAUCAGUCACAAUUUUCCUACCUAUAUUGGCAUAUCAAUGAACUUAUCUGGAGGUGUAUGGUAUAUUUAUGACAAAUACUCAGAAGGACAAAGAUCUGCUCCUGGAUCACAUGUCAUGAAGAAAAUUACGAGUCUUUCUACAGCAGAAGAUUUCCACAGACUUGCAACAUUGCAGAAGUCUUAUGGUAAUGGCAUGAGGUCUUCUGGUUUACAAUCCAUCUCAGAGGAAUCUCACCAGAGGCAUCCUUCUCAUUCUGACGACACUGUGAUAUCAUUUGAACAAUCAGAUCCAAGAAAUUAAUAUAUAUCUAAAUUUUCCUCUUCUGUUACAUAUACAUAAGAUGU